AGGAGGACCUCAAGCGGACACUCAAGACGCCUUCGAGACCAUGGCAGAAUCACGCAAACGUCAGCUUGACGAUCAAGAAACAGAAGAUGAGGUACCCCUAUAUUACCAUUUGGAAUUAUUUUUUGGUGACGCCAUCUAUAUUCCCAGGGACAAACUACAAAGUUUAUUGGUUCGAGCGACGAGAACAGUACCUAUGACAUUAAUGAAACCCUGGCGGCAUCUGCGGAACCUGAUCGAGGCGUGGGAGAAGUAUCAGAUCCAAACGUGUCCGAACCAGGGGUUGGAGGAGAUGGAAAAAGUUUACAACCCCCUCCACGCUGGGCACUGCAGCUACAGUCAGUUCCAAAACGAAGAAAGCUUGUGCAUGAUGUGUUUCCCGCUCGAGACGACGGAGAAGCUGAGACAAUUUGUCACGACAUUAUCAGAGGAUUCGAGCAAGGGCCCACCUAGUACGGAAUCGCUGCCGUCGCACUCCACACACGAGGAACUACACUCCCACACGUCCACGUCUUACACGACUGCAGCUGGAGCAAUGGCACAUGCCGAUGUGUUAUCUUCGCUGGCUUCGUCAGACGACCAAAUCGCUCGUCAAUUUGGUCUACAAACGCCAGUGCAUGGGACCUCUAUCAUCUCGUCAAGUAUUUCAAUAGUGAGCCCCGAGUAUUGGAAUACAUUGAAAUGGGAGGAAAUGAUUGGGGUCGCGACGUUAGAAAUGAAGUUUUGGGACAACUCGAAGGUUCUGGACACGAGCCCGGGCGAGUUUUGGAAAUACUGCACCCGAAACUUCCGCAUUCAGUUGCAUGUGACGACGCCCAUGGAGGUCAGACGAGCGGUGGAGACACUGACGAGGUACGCGCAAGAACGGGUGCAAAGUGCCGAAAACGUUCAAAAGGAGCGUCGGAAGAAUCCAUCUACGAGUGGCUACGCGAAAACCCCGUAUCGCCGUUGACAAACAUUGUGCGCACCCCCAAGUGGCUGGCAGACCCGGUGUUUCGGUUCAUUCGCCUGGACGACAAGCGCCUGCAGCGAGCUAUCCAGGUGUUUAAUGACGAAAUGUGCUCGUACACCACCUUGGACUUUAUUGAAAUGUACCA